AGCGUGAAAAUGAUGUUUCAGAGCCACAAUGAUGUCAAUGGACAUGCAUGCCAGGGUCCACGUCCACGAUUCUACCUGACAAACGAACACUAUACAUCAACCUGUCGACCCUAGCAAUUACAGCAAAGACAACCCUGCCACAGAUGUCCUAGAUUUUUUUUACUUUUCCGCAAAUUCCUCAGAUCCAACACUUCCGCCGUUCUUUUGCAUCUCACCAUCAUGCCUCCGAUACCAAUCCACCUUCACGACCCAAUCAACCCGGAGGUUUCAUCCACCGAGGCUUCUACGACGGCAGGAAAAGCGAGUGGCAUUACUCCCCAAACCGCUCCUCCACCAACCCGUACCAUAGAGAUACCUACACCUACGACAACUUCAAACACUUACAGCCCGGCUCCUCCUGCGGCGCCCCAGCCUGCCUCACGUUACAUUCCCGCGGCCACAACUGCCUUGACCACAUUGUCAUCGCAGCAAAAUGCCGACACACCGCCGCCUCCGCAGCCAGGGGCAGUACCUAUACCACCUCAGUCAGCCAAUGUGGUAGAAAAGGUUGUCGCCGUAACGGAGACGCGCUCACUCCCACCUCAAGCAUCUCUUCCGCCUCCAACGGAUAGUCAACUGUCUGGCAAGUCAACAAUUCCAUAUCAGCCUGCGCAAUAUCAAGGCUCAGGCUCAGGUUCAACAUCACUUCCUCUCGGAACUGCGAAGCUUUCGUCGCAGCCACGACAGCCAUGGCAGAGUCCUAUCGAGCAUCCUCCGGGAUAUGUGCAGAACUACCGCGCAUUCGAAGAUCCUCCUGAAUUACGAGAGGCAGCAAGGCGAGAGAGUGAGCUUGGUGGCGAUACUACAACCCAAGAGAGCAUCAUGAAUGCGUUGAAUACAGCGGGCGAAAGUCUGAAGAAAGGUGAAGAGGCGAUAUGGAAGUGGGUAGAAGGCAAGAAGUGAUUGCAAAUGCGCUGUGCAGCAGUGACUGAUAAUGGACAUGCUAUGAGAAUAACGAACCGCAAAGACCGACUUUUGCUACGGGUAGUAGGAGAAGAUUGCUCUUCGUCAUCAAUCUGAGGUCGCCGUAGC